AUGCACUCAAGUGUUGAGGUGCCCCCGAACACCCCUGUUGCCAGCAACCACAACAACAGUCCCGGAAACACAGGUUCUCAGUAUGCCUUGUGUGCCCUGGGGGUGGGACUGGUGGCCCUGGGCAUUGUCAUGAUCGUGUGGACUGUGGUGCCUUCCGACAUGGCCGGGAACAACAGCAGUGGCACCGGAGGAGGGAACCCGAAACCGGACACUAGGGGGAGGACUUCAUCGGUGGCCUUUGUGCUGGUCGGGGCUGGGGUGGCCAUGCUCCUGCUGUCCCUGUGCCUGGGGAUGAGGAACAAGCAGCGGGAGCAGCAGGCGCUCCUAGAGGCCCAGGCUCUGGGGGCAGGCAACGUAGCUGCCAGUGAGGAGGAUGGAGAGAUGUGAGUACUGUAGCUACUGAGUUAGUUAUUGAGCUAAUUAAUGACCUCAGCAGGUUUGUUUUCUCAGGGUUCAGUGCAGGGGUGGGCGAUCUCUUUAUUACUUUACUAACCUUUUGACUGCUCCUAGAUGUUUAACAUCGCAUUAUGCACACCAGAUGACGCCAUCAGUGUUUCCGGAUGAUGUCAUCUGAAACACUUAUUUCUAUCUUUUUGAAUACAAAACAUAAUAAAAACUUGCCAUUCUCAUAUUUAUUGAUGUUGGGGUGGUGCUGGAGAUGAUGAAUAUUGCCCUUUAAUCUACGAGGGCUGGUGUAUAGGAGCAGGUUUUGGUGUCUGCCAAUGCUCUAACACAUGUUCAGCUGAUUCAACUACAUUGAACAAAAAUAUAAACGCAACAUGUAAAGUGUUUGUCCCAUGUUUCAUGAGCUGAAAUAAAAUAUCCCAGAAAUGUUCCAUACACAUACAAACCUUAUUUACAGUGCAUUCUGAAAGUAUUCAGACCCCUUGACUUUUUCCACAUGUUAUGUUACAGCCUUACAAAAAUGGAUACAAUUGGUUUUUUCCCUCAUCAAUCUACACACAAAACUCCAUAAUAACAAAGCAAAAACAGGUCUGUAUCAAUCUUUGCAAAAAUAAAACCUGAAAUAACACAUUUACAUAAGUAUUCAGACCCUUUACUCUUUGUUGAAGCACCUUUGGCAGUAAUUACAGCCUCAAGUCUUCUUGGGUAUGACGCUACAAGCUUGGCACACCUAUAUUUGGGGAGUUUCUCCCAUUCUUCUCUGCAGAUCCUCUCAAGCUCUGUUAGGUUGGAUGGGGAGCGUCGCUGCAUAGCUAUUUUCAGGUCUCUCCAGAAAUGUUCGAUCGGGUUCAAGUCCGGGCACUGGCUUGGCCACUCAAGGACAUUCAGAGACUUGUUCCGAAGCCACUCCUGCGUUGUCUUGGCUGUGUGCUUAGGGUCGUUGUCCUGUUAGAAGGUGAAACCUCGCCCCAGUCUGAGGUCCUGAGCACUCUGGAGCAGAUUUUCAUCAAGGAUCUCUAUAUACUUUGCGCCGUUCAUCUUUCCCUCGAUCCUGACAAGUCUCCCUGUCCCUGCUGCUGAAAAACAUCCCAACAGCAUGAUGCUGCCACCACCAUGCGUCACCGUAGGGAUGGUGGCAGGUUUCUUCCAUGGUCUGAGAGUCCUUUAGGGGCCUUUUGGCAAACUCCAAGCGGGCUGUCAUGUGUCUUUUACUGAGGGGUGGCUUCCGUCUGGCCACUCUACCAUAAAUGCCUGAUUGGUGGAGUGCUGCAGAGAUGGUUAUCCUUCUGGAAUGUUCUCCCAUCUCCACAGAGGAACUCUGAAGCUCUGUCAGUGUGACCGUCGGGUUCUUGGUCACCUCCCUGACCAAGGCCCUUCUCCCCCAAUUGCUCAGUUUGGCCAGGCAGCCAGCUCUAGGAAGAGGUGGUGGUUCCAAACUUUUUCCAUUUAAUAAUAAUGGAGGCCACUGUGUUCUUGGGGACCUUCAAUGCUGCAAAAAUGUUUUGGUACCCUUCCCCAGAUCUGUACCUCGAUACAAUCCUGUCUUGGAGCUCUACGGACAAUUUCUUCGACCUCAUGGCUUGGUUUUUACUCUGACAUGCACUGUCAACUGUGGGAACUUAUAUAGACAGGUGUGUGCCUUUCCAAAUAAUGUCCAAUCAAUUGAAUUUACCACAGGUGGACUCCAAUCAAGUUGUAGAAACAUCUCAAGGAUGAAACAGGAUGAACCUGAGCUCAAUUUCGAGCCUCAUAGCAAAGGUCUGAAUACUUAUGUAAAUAAGGUAUUUCUGGGGUUUUUAUUUGAUAUAAAUUUGCAACAUUUUCAAAAAAAACUGUUUUUACUUUGUCAUUAUCGGGUAUUGUGUGUAGAUUGAGGAUUUUUGUAUUUAUUUAAUCAAUUUUUAGAAUAAGGCUGUAACAAAAUGUGGAAAAGGGGAAGGGGUCUGAAUACUUUCCGAAUGCACACAUUUGUUUACAUCCCUGUUAGUGAGCAUUUCUCUUUUGUCAAGAUAAUCCAUCCACCUGACAUGUGUGGCAUAUCAAGAAGCUGAUUCAACAGCAUUAUCAUUACACAGGUGCACCUUGUGCUGGGGACAAUAAAAGGCCACUAAAUGUUCAGUUUUGUCACACAACACAGUGCCACAGAUGUCUCAAGUGUUGAGGGAGGUUGCAAUUGGCAUGCUGACUGCAGGAAUGUCCACCAGAGAUGUUGCCAGAGAAUUGAAUGUUAAUUUCUCUACCAUAAGCCGCCUCCAACAACGUUUUAAACAAUUUGGCAGUACGUCUAACCGGCCUUACAACCACAGACCACGUGUAACCACGCCAGCCCAGGACCUCCACAUCCAGCUUCUUCACCUGUGGGAUCGUCUGAGACCAGCUACCCGGACAGCUGAUGAAACUGUGGGGUUGCACAACCGAAGAAUUUCUGCACAAACUGUCAGAAACCGUCUCAGGGUAGCUCAUCUGCGUGCUCGUCAUCCUCACCGGGGUCUUGACCUGACUGCAGUUUGGCAUCAGUGGGCAAAUGCUCACCUUCGAUGGCCACUGGCAUGCUGGAGAAGUGUGCUUUUCACGGAUGAAUCCCAGUUUCAACUGUACCGGGCAGAUGGCAGACUGCGUGGUUUGCUGAUGUCAACAUUGUGAACAGAGUGCCCCAUGGGGACGGUGGGGUUAUGGUUUGGGCAGGCAUAAGCUACAGACAACGUACACAAUCACAUUUUAUCGAUGGCAAUUUGAAUGCACAGAGAUAUCUUGUUGAGAUCCUGAGGCCCAUUGUCGUGCCAUUCAUCCGCCGCCACCACCUCAUGUUUCAGAAUGAUGAUGCACGGCCCCAUGUCGCAAGGAUCUGUACACAAUUCCUGGAAGCUGAAAAUGUCCCAGUUCUUCCAUGGCCUGCACACUCACCAGACAUGUCACCCAUUGAGCAUGUUUGGGAUGCUCUGGAUGGCUGUGUAUGACAGCGUGUUCCAGUUCCCGGCAAUAUCCAGCAACUUCCCACAGCCAUUGAAGAGGAGUGGGACAACAUUCCACAGGCCACAAUCAACAACCUGAUCAACUCUAUGCGAAGGAGAUGUGUCGCGCUGCAUGAGGCAAAUGGUGGCCACACCAGAUACUGACAGAUUUUCUGAUCCAUGCCCCUUCCUUUUUUUAAGGUAUCUGUGACGAACAGAUUCAUAUCUGUAUUCCCCAGUUAUGUGACAUACAUAGAUUAGGAUCUAAUGAAUGUAUUUAAAUUGACCCAUUUCCUUAUGAACUGUAACUUAGUAAAUUCUUUGAAAUUGUUGCAUGUUGCGUUUUAUUUUUGUUCACUGUGGUUAGUUGAUUAGUUCGAUCAUGUGAAUGUCUUUGCUUUGGCUGGAGCAAAAGCCAGCACCCACACUGGUCCUUUGCUAUUUACAUUGCUUACCCAUGUUUUAGUGCUUCUUUGAAUUUCUCUGCAGUGCUUUGUUAAGUAACUUUUCAGUUCAAGCCCCAUGACGUAAACCCCACAUAACCUGUUUUAUUUGGGCACCUGUUGCAAUAAAGCCAUGUGAAGCCAUCAGGACUGUAUUUAACAGCACACACUGCAUAGCCUACAGUACACAGUAUCAACAAUAUAGAAGACAAACACAAUCCAUUCUGAAAGCGCAUAGUUACUCAUGUCUGUCUGUGUGUUUCUGUAUGAAUGUCAACAGGGCAGAGGAUCGAGCCCAGAGGUACACUGUGCCCAGCUACGAGGAAGUGGUAGGCAGUGGCGAGUACCCCAUACGCCAGAGCAACUUGCGCCACAGCUCCUCCCAGCUGCCUUCUUACGACGACCUGGUGGACGGUGUGCAGAUUGAGCUGGAAGGGUCAGAGGUCACCCAGACGACACCCGCUUCCGCUAACCCUGCCUCCUCCGCUGCUGCUGCUCCUAACCGCCGCACUGGGCGAACAAGUCUCAAGCUCCUUCCCCUUAAGAUCCGGAGGAUUAAAUCGGAGAAGCUCUUUAUGGAUAACUCUCAGCCACCGGGAGGGAUCAGUAUUGAGCCGCUCACUCCACCACCAAUGUAUGAGGAUAAAGCGCCCGAGCUCUGAGACUUGGCACCUUCUAGGUUUCAAAGCAGGCAACUGCAGCCACUGCGGUCCACUAUGCGUGGAUUGGUUGUGCAGUGCUACUAUAGAUGUGAUCAGAUGGCCCUUGUCAUGCAUCCGUGGCUAAAUAAUCUCGAUGACACUUGUCAUGCCUACCUGGCUGAGGACUUUUCUUUAGACCUGCAACUCAAGGGCAGUGAACACAGUUCCAAACGUGGGGCACUGGGAUUUGACUAGAACUUUGGGUCAACACUAAUGUUGCUGGACAGAGGGAACACAUCCGAGUUCCGACUGAUUUACAAGGACAUUGAAGCUUACAGGGACAUUGAAGCUCGGUUCAAAGGAUCAAUAUUAUUGGGGGAAAUACUCAGCUUUGUCUUUGAUGCCUUUGUUACUUUACAACAAAUACUUACUCUGGUCCAAAUCUCCUUUGUAUGCAGUUGACCAUACUUUGUUAUGUUCAUCUGUCUGCUAUAUUAUUUAAAGUUCCUUCUUCAUCCUCAGUCCAGUCAGCCACGUGUGCUAUAUGUAUUAGUAUUAUUCAUGUCUAAGUUUUGUAUUCUGUACAGCAACUUAGACAGCUACUCCUCACAUUUUGGGAGAGGUGUUAUUUGGCGACUGACUCAAUGGCCGUCUUACUCAGACAGUGUUUGUGUGUUGCUGCCUGUGUUGCUCGUCAAUAGAGGACAAUUGAGAGAGCGAGAGAGAGAGACCAAGGCUCUUGAGAGAGCGAGAGAGAG